AAAGAAAACCAGCAAAAAGCAAAACCAAAAAAGAAAAAAAAAUCCAAAAGCAAAAACAAAAAGAGAGAGGGGGAAAAAAACCCAAACAAACAAACAAGGCAGAACCAACCUCCACUUGCAAGCAGCAGGCGAGAGCCGCGUUUCUGCCACCCAGAGAGGGGGUCUCAGGCCCCGCGCUGGAGCGCUGGCAGGGGGAUCGUCAGGGGGACAGAGGCCGAGUGACGUCCUAGGAGCCACAGAAAGACAAGCGAGACUGCGGCCCCCCGCGCGCGGCUCGGGGCUGGGGCGCCAGAAGUGAGACUGGAGCUAAGUAGAGCGAUGCCAAGGAGGAAACAGCAGGCACCCAAGCGGGCGGCAGGCUAUGCCCAGGAGGAAGUGCUGAAGGAAGAGGAGGAGAUCAAGGAGGAAGAGGAGGAGGAGGAAGACAGUGGUUCGGUGGCUCAACAUCAGCGCAGCAAUGACACUGGGACGGACGAGGAACUAGAAACAGGCCCAGACCAGAAAGGCUACUUCAGCUGCCAGAACUCGCCAGGGAGCCACCUGUCCAAUCAGGACGCAGAAAACGAAUCUCUUCUGAGCGAUGCCAGCGACCAGGUGUCAGACAUCAAGAGCAUCUGUGGCCGAGAUGCCUCAGACAAGAAAGCAAAUGCUCACCCCAAGCUUCCAAGCGAACCCCAUAACUGCAUGGAUAAAAUGACAGCCGUCUACGCCAACAUCCUGUCAGAUUCCUACUGGUCAGGCCUGGGCCUCGGCUUUAAGUUAUCCAACAGCGAGAGACGGAAUUGUGACACCCGCAAUGGCAGCAACAAGAAUGAUUUUGAUUGGCACCAGGAUGCCCUAUCCAAAAGCCUACAGCAGAACUUGCCUUCCCGGUCUGUCUCUAAGCCCAGCCUAUUCAGCUCUGUGCAGCUGUACCGGCAGAGCACUAAGAUGUGCGGCUCAGUGUUCACCGGCGCCAGCAGGUUCCGCUGCAGGCAGUGCAGCGCAGCCUACGACACUCUGGUGGAGCUGACUGUGCACAUGAAUGAGACGGGCCACUAUCAAGAUGACAACCGCAAAAAAGAUAAGCUCAGACCCACGAGCUACUCAAAGCCCCGGAAAAGGGCCUUCCAAGACAUGGACAAAGAGGACGCUCAAAAGGUUCUGAAAUGUAUGUUUUGUGGCGACUCCUUCGAUUCCCUGCAAGAUUUGAGUGUCCACAUGAUAAAGACAAAACAUUACCAAAAAGUGCCUUUGAAGGAGCCAGUACCAACCAUUUCCUCUAAAAUGGUCACGCCAGCCAAGAAGCGUGUUUUCGAUGUCAACAGGCCUUGCUCCCCCGACUCCACCACAGGGUCACUCGCCGAUUCGUUUUCCUCUCAGAAGAAUGCUACCCUGCAGCUGCCCUCCAACAGCCGCUACGGCUACCAGAACGGAGCCAGCUACACCUGGCAGUUCGAGGCCUGCAAGUCCCAGAUUUUAAAGUGUAUGGAGUGUGGCAGUUCCCAUGAUACCUUGCAGCAACUCACCACCCACAUGAUGGUUACAGGUCACUUCCUCAAAGUCACCAGCUCUGCCUCCAAGAAAGGAAAGCAGCUGGUGUUGGACCCGCUGGCCGUGGAGAAAAUGCAGUCACUGUCUGAGACCCCCAACAGCGAGUCUCUGGUCCCUAAGCCAUCAAGUAACUCCGCCUCCGACUGCACAGCCUCUACCACUGAGUUAAAGAAAGAAAGCAAGAAGGAGAAGAUGGAGGAGGUCACCGAAGACGAGCAAGGGAUGAAAAGCGAGGAAUAUGAAGACCCUUUACAGAAACCACUUGACCCUACCAUAAAAUACCAGUAUCUACGAGAGGAGGACUUGGAAGAUGGCUCAAAGGGUGGUGGGGACAUUUUAAAAUCGCUAGAAAAUACUGUAACCACAGCCAUCAACAAGGCCCAAAAUGGGGCCCCCAGCUGGAGCGCAUACCCGAGUAUCCACGCAGCCUACCAGCUCUCAGAGGGCACCAAGCCAUCCAUGGCCAUAGGCUCUCAGAUACUGCAAAUCCGACCCAACCUCGCCAACAAGCUAAGGCCGAUUGCGCCCAAGUGGAAAGGCAUGUCACUUGGCCCCAUACCCACAAGCCUGGCCCUGUAUACUCAAGCCAAGAAGGAGACAGAAGACAAAGAUGAGGCUGUGAAGGAGUGUGGAAAGGAAAGUCCGCGGGAAGAGGCGAAAUCUUUCAGCCAGUCUGAGGGCGAGUCUUUCUCCAAAGCCGAACCACGUUCAGAACCCAGAAAGGCUGAGCCCUGUCCCAUGAAGGAGGAGGAGACCCUGCAGAAAGAGAAACAAGAGCCGUUAGAACCAGUGUCAUCUCUGAGCAAUGGAUGCACACCGGGUAACCACAUCCCAGCCCUGCCCUGCAUCAACCCGCUCAGCGCCCUGCAGUCCGUCCUGAACAACCACCUGGGCAAAGCUACUGAGCCCUUGCGCUCGCCUUCCAGCUCCAGCCCCAACUCAAGCACAGUCUCCAUGUUCCAUAAGUCCAGUCUCAGCAUUGUGGACAAGCCAGUCAUAAGUCCUACCUCCACCAGGCCGGCCAGUGCAUCCCGACACUACCUGUUUGAGAGCAGCGACCAGCCCAUUGACCUGACCAAGUCCAAAAGCAAGAAAGCCGAGUCCUCGCAAGCACAAUCCUGUACAUCCCCGCCUCAGAAGCAUGCUCUGUGUGACAUUGCCGAUAUGGUCAAGGUCCUCCCCAAAGCCACCACCCCAAAGCCAGCUGCUUCCUCGAGGGUCCCUCCUAUGAAGCUGGAAAUGGAUGUCAGGCGCUUUGAGGAUGUUUCGAGUGACGUCUCAACUCUGCACAAAAGGAAAGGCCGGCAGUCCAACUGGAACCCGCAGCAUCUCCUCAUCCUGCAAGCUCAGUUUGCCUCGAGCCUCUUUCAGACAUCAGAGGGCAAGUAUUUGCUUUCUGACCUGGGCCCGCAAGAGCGGAUGCAAAUCUCAAAGUUCACGGGACUCUCGAUGACCACAAUCAGCCACUGGCUGGCCAACGUCAAGUACCAGCUUAGGAAAACAGGUGGGACCAAAUUCCUGAAAAACAUGGACAAAGGACACCCCAUCUUUUACUGCAGUGACUGUGCGUCUCAGUUCCGAACCCCCUCUACGUACAUCAGCCACUUAGAGUCUCACCUGGGCUUCCAAAUGAAGGACAUGACCCGGAUGGCAGCUGACCAGCAAAGCAAGGUGGAGCAGGAGAUCUCCCGGGUGUCGUCGGCUCAGAGGUCUCCAGAAACAAUAGCUGGCGAAGAGGACACGGACUCUAAAUUCAAGUGUAAGUUGUGCAGUCGGACAUUUGUGAGCAAACACGCAGUAAAACUCCACCUAAGCAAAACGCACAGCAAGUCACCCGAACACCACUCUCAGUUUGUAACAGACGUGGAUGAAGAAUAGUUCUGCAGGUAUGGGUUUGCUCCCGGGUCACGGCGACCAUGGCCUUGUGAGGAGCGUGUUAAAAGGAGCUGGGUCUGCCUACAGGCAGAGGAUGUCUCCCGAGGCCACGCAAAACUGUAGCUUGCUGCCAUAGACUUACUUUUACAAAAGACAGGAUGUGAUGAGCAGGCCCUAGCCAUUCCCCCACAUCCUUCAGGUUAGAGGGAAAUAGAAUAUACAGCAUCUGAGAGAGAUGAAGCUCGUGGUUGUUUAUAGAGCU